AAAUUUUAGAAACGAGAGAGUUGAGCAUUAUUUCCUCUUGUGAACAAGAGUAUGUGCAAACCUAUAUCGCCUAAUAUUUAUUUCAAUGGUAGCAAUUUCAACCAUAUAUGUUAUCUUGGGUUAUGAACUCUACUCUACAAUAUCCUGCUUGCCAACAAAAACUCCAACUGACCACUGCUUAUUUGCUUUCUGAGAUAGUACUUCUAGCAGAGCUCAAGAAUUUCAAGAGAUGGUCCUUUCUGAGAUAGUACUUCUAGCAGAGCUCAAGAAUUUCAAGAGAUGGUCCUCUUCGUUGCAAUCGCAAGAUCGUUAGGUCACAACUGCCUUAAAGAAUCGAAACCCUACCUAUCUGGACUCUUCAAUUCCAAGAGUUCCAAUCUCUGUAACUGGCAAUAUCAGAGUAUCAGAACUUUGCUUUUGGAAUCCGCUUCCGAAUGCGUUAGGAUUAAGAGGCUCUCCGAUUCCGAUUCCGGAAUUAUUGAGGUUAACUUGGAUAGGCCUGAAGCAAAAAAUGCCAUUGGGAAGGAUAUGCUGAGAGGAUUACAGCAUAGCUUUGCAGAUAUAAGUAGGGAUCCUUGUGCAAAUAUCUUGAUGAUCACCAGUUUAGUUCCCAGAGUUUUCUGUGCUGGUGCUGAUUUGAAGGAACGGAAGACCAUGAGUCCAUGUGAGGUUCAGAGUUUUGUUAACUCUCUACGCUCCACCUUCUCAUUCUUGGAGGCACUUCGAAUUCCUACUAUAGCUGUUAUUGAAGGUGCAGCAUUAGGCGGGGGACUGGAAAUGGCUUUGUGUUGUGAUUUUCGGAUAUGUGGUGAAAAUGCAGCGUUGGGCUUGCCUGAAACAGGACUGGCUAUAAUACCUGGGGCAGGUGGGACCCAACGGCUUCCUAGAUUGGUUGGAAAGUCCAUAGCAAAGGAUCUUAUAUUUACUGGUCGAAGAAUUGGUGGCAGAGAUGCCGUCUCAAUGGGCCUUGUCAAUUACUGCGUUCCUGCUGGUGAAGCUUAUUCAAAGGCCCUAGAAAUUGCUAGGGACAUAAAUCAGAAGGGUCCAAUAGCAAUAAGGAUGGCAAAGCGAGCUAUAAACGAGGGACUGGAGACAGACAUGGAAUCAGCUUUGGAGUUGGAAGAAGAUUGCUAUGAACAGAUUUUGAACACAAAAGAUCGCUUAGAAGGCUUGGCUGCAUUUGCUGAGAAGCGAAAGCCUAGAUAUACGGGUGAAUGAAAGAAACCAGAAUUUUGAUAAUGAAUCGUUUCUAGCGCUGUUGAUCUCUUGUGCUUGAUCACCAUGCCUGUUUAUCAUCUGAGUCUGUGCAAAAGCUGCAUGCUAGACAUAUUUCUCAGAAGGCUUGGCCACAUUUGCCGAGAAAGUGAAAGCCUAGAUAUCCAGGUGAAUGAAAAGAAUCACAACUUUGACAGUUUCUCUUGUGCUUGAUGUUUACCAUUCAUGUUAAUCAUUUGGGUCCUUGCAAAACCUGCACGCUAGACAUACUUCAAUUUACAUGCUAAUAAUUUAAAUCAUGUUGUUGAUGGUAAAAUGACGUUGCGGGGAGUUUUGGACAGAAAAAUGACAUUAACUUAAUAUUGGCUA